AUGGAUUUCUCAAGCGAUGACUCUCUUGAUGAUCCCAAUUGUGCACCUGACGCAUCUGGUGACUCAACUUCGGAGUACGAUAGUGCAGAUGAAGAGCCUUUAGCCAGAUGGAGGAUCCAUCACUCGACCAACAGACCAAGUUCAACUGGUUCAACCCAGAACUUUUCUGAAGAUGAAAUAGUUAGGCAGCAAGUUGCCAAUAUUGAUUGGGGUAUUCCCAAAGAUCAUAUGCCCAAUGAAGACUUCUCAGGUGUGGCAGUCAUGAAGGAUAUACAUCAAGGAAUUAUAGCAGAUGGUACACCACUUGAUUAUUUCGAGGUGUUUUUGACUUUUGAUAUAGUUCAAACGAUAGUUGAUCAAACUAACCAUUAUGCCUGCCAACAUCUAACAGCAGGCAAUAUAGAUGUUGGUCCACAAUCAAGACUACAAACUGAAGGAAGGAGAAAUAAUAGCGAAGGAAACGACAGACGGAAAGAUAAGAGAGUCGUUACAACUUUGAGCACUGUACAUUCGGCGAAGAAAAUGACAGCAGUAAAAACAAAAAGAGGACAAGUUAUUUUCAAACCGGAUUCUGUUGUUGAUUACAAUACUGGCAAGUCAUCAAUAGAUGUCAGUGACCAAAUGGCUUCAUAUGCAUCAGCUUUGAGGCGAUGUACUAAAUGGUACAGGAAGCUAGCAAUUGAGUUUAUUUGGGGUACGAGUUUGGUAAAUGCCUACUUUCUUUAUAAUGAGUGUUCUCGAAACAAGAAAAUUACUAUAACGGAGUUUCGUGAAAAAGUUAUCGAAGGAAUGAUUGAUAAAUUUGUGGAUCAAUCACCAGGAAACCAACCACCUUCAAUCAGCAGAGAAGCUGCUGGGAGCAGCAGAGGAGCUGCUGGAAGCAACAAAGAAACUAUUGGAUCCAGCAACAAGCAUCUUUUGGUGAAUUUCCUAGUUGGCAGACCGCCAAAAUUGAAGCGUGGCCGAUGCAAAGGCUGCUAUGCCAUUUAUGGGAAGAAGGGGUUGGAAGUUGGUGGGAAGAGGAAGAGAAACUUGCAAAAUGAACAAAACCCAGGAGUAGAAACACUAUACGACUUAGAUGCUGUUGCAGUAAUUAAUGUUGUGCAGCAGAAUCAAUCGGAAACAGAAAGCUUGAUUAAUGACAGUAGUAGACAACAGGGAAGUGAAGAAAAAACUUUCUGA